CACGUCAAUCAUAGCACUUAGGUACCUUAUCAAAUCAUGGCACCAUCAAAUGAUUCCGCAAGCCCGCAAACCCGCAAACCCGCGAACCCGCGAAACCUCUUUUUAUACAAUUUCGAUUACACUCUGUACUUAUGAACCUCUAGCUUCAGAAUGCUAUGGGUUAACAUCUAAACCAUUUUCUCGACAUGGCAGCACACGCUUCGCAAAUAUGCCACCCCCGUUGCCUAUCCCGUCGAAGGCUGCGAUCCACGCCCUCCGAGGGAUUGCCCUGGGUACCUCAUGCGCAAUCGGCGUUAUAGUCGAAGACCGAAGACGGCGAAUCAGUACUUUGAAGACCGCCGUAUCAAAUAAGGAGAAGCUGAAGUCGGUUAAAAGAUAUCAUGGCAUGGCAGUUCCAUCUCUGGUACAAUUCGACGAAGCAACUUUCACAGAUGGGGAUCAAUUCCAAUGGCAUCAAGUGGAAGAUGGUAUAGCCAGGACACACAAUGACCCUCGGCCCAGAUCCCGUCCUCGACAACAUUCCCCCGAAGAUGUUUCUUCAGAAGCAAAGCCUCCAGCAUGUCUGAAAUCGAGAGGGGUCUUAGAAUCUUCGUCAAUAACCACUACCCAAGCCGAAACGUCGCCUUCCCAAACCGCACAAUAUGGCAUAGUCCAUCCCUCAGAUAGCACUCGGCGGCUAUCAGGAUUUCCGGAAAUGGGAUUCGAUACUCAUAAGACUUGGGGAAUGUAUCAACCUACGAGUCCUGCGCCGAUUCUUAAGCCUCGUCUAAAUAAGCGCGCCCAAGCAGUCGCAAACAUAACUAGCAUUCUGGCUAGUAAGGAUGAAGAAAGAUUAGAUCGAGCUCUUAAGAAAUUCUCUGAUGCAUCCCUCUCGUGUUAUUCUCAGCGCUUGGACGAGGAAUGGUUUGCCCUUUCUAUUCGACUUUCUGAAGAUUGUCAUGCAAAAGGCCGCUUAGAAGAUGCUGCUAAGCUCCUCAUUUCACUAACCAGUGCCGGCCCCCUCGAGGAGUCCCAAUACUACGCCCAUCAGCCCAUACUUCUUAUAAAUCAUUACCUACGCCAGGUAGAUGAGAACGGGCACCUUCCCAAGGAAGCCAUAUCUACGGCGACUCGCAUCUUCCUAGCAGCAUUUAAAGAAAAGCCCAAAGUGCAUUUUGAGGAACUAGAGGAUUUUGGAAAGCAACUGAUGGCCCAAAAUCUCAUGUUGGGUGAAUUUCGCUUUGUCCAUAACAUUUACUGGAGAGUAAUCAGCGUUGUAAAAAACGCAGCCGAAUUUACAGGGUGGGCUAUAGAAAAGCUUCACGAACACCGUGAUCACAAGAGUGUACUCAAAUACUUCUUACUAAAUUACUCAAAGACAAGCCCUAAUAACAGAUCCUACCACACAACGGUCGAUUGUGUCGUCUCCUCUGUCGAGGCUCUAGAGGGCUUGAAAGCUGAGCACGUAAUCGACGCUAUCUAUCGGAUGGAUUGCCCAGAUGAAGGUAUAAUACGAACCCGUUGGAUCCUAAAAUUGCUACAUGCACAUUGGAAUCGGAACCAAGAUUUUCCAACAUUGAAGGCGCUCUUUGACGGGAUGUUGUCUCUAGAGCUGCUAGACAAAGUCACACAUCCGCAACGAGUUUACCGUACAAUGGUCGAGUUGUCGAUCAAGGCUGAAGAGUACGAUUUGGCAAGGUCAUACUACGAAGAGCUUCUUAGGAAGUAUCCCGAGAUGGCCUCAGACGUCGCCUUGAGAGGUCAUAUAGCUUUGCCAAUGGCCAAAGCUGGAGACUGGGAGGGCGUGUUUAAUACCUUCGUCGAGAUGCAGACUCUAAAACGUGGAAAAGAAAACGAAUAUGACAACGCUUUCGUCCCAGUCUUAAAAAUAUUUGCGGAGAGCCAUCCAGCUGCCGAUGUCCGCGAAUUUGUAUCGAAGUAUACCAGCGUUCUAGGGGUACGCAUGCAUCGGUAUCUUGUCACGAUGGUAGCAAACAAAUACGGCCAAUGCCAUGACAUGACAGGCUUCGUGUCAUGGUUACAAUACUGUAGCAAAGCUGGAUAUGCCAUGGAUUCAAGUUUCUGCAAUUCACUCCUCCACAACUGCCGGACCAAAUGGGCUAUGCCCUACCACGAACUACGAGCCCUCUGCUCCGAAUUCAAAAAGAUCGAUGCGUCCCUCGUCGACGAUACGACGCAACGCAUCUUAAGCCAGGCAGCGCUAAGGGCCGGCAAAACCGCCAGGGAUGGCGGAGUCAACCGAGCACUAUGCCCAUCUCAUAUUGCAGUGGAUAAGUUGGCGUACUCUGGGAGGACGGCCAAUAGGCGGGAUGUCUACGAAGCAAUGAAUCAAGAAAUAAGUAAUAACAAGCCGGCGACGGCGAUUUCGAUCUACCAGCGUGCCAUAAAAUUCGGGAUGCCCCCUUGUCCGCACUGCCUUCGCCUAGCUAUAUUAGCGACGCUGAAGAACAGCAAUAAUGCCUCUGCUUCUGCGAUGAGAUUGAUCCAUAUUGCACACAGACGCGGUGAUGAUGUGAGCUCAGCAGUAUCAGUAUUCAUCAAAUUCCAGCUCGAUAACCUUCAGGCGGGGGCAGCGGACGUUCUGCUUCACAUGCGGAAUCUGAUUACUCAAUUUGAAGCAAUGCACAUCGUUAUCGGACCAGAUGUGCUCACCCACAUGGCCAUGUUCUGCGUCAAGCUAGGCCACUACGAAAAGGCGGUUUCGUUAUGUAGCCUGGCAAUGGACAAGAGCGGGACUGGGAACCUCUGCUUCUCAAGGCAGUGCUUCAAGGCACUGCUCAUGUCCUACCCGAAGCUGCUGGAUUUGAAAGGGAUAAAGCAAUUGAUUGAGGAUUUACUCAAAAGCGAGUAUGCUGCAGACAGAUCUGUAUAUCUGUAUCUAAAAGCGACUACGAGGCUGGUCAAGAAAAUGGACCCCGAUCGCACUAUCGAUGCUAUAGUAGAUAUUCUAGAGUAUGCUAAGGAGGAGGUGGCGAGACGGCGGGGAGAGACCAGGGCGGAAGGUCAGCAUAUCGCCAGGGAGACUCUUAAAAUCAUGAACGAAGCAUUAGCAGACAUGCAGGCGUCGGAAAGCGGUAAAGGCCAAGUAAGCAACAGUGGCAGUAAGCCUUACGAAAUGGCUGCGGCCCUUUAGAGCAGCUGCCGCGUGGUGUUGCGUAUUAUUUGUAUACAUCUCGGUAUGCUUCCCUGAGUAACUAUUGCUUAUAUAGGGCGUCUUCGAAACAUACCUACGUAAUAUAUAUAUUACCUAUUUGCCAUGUCAGCCACUUAACUCA